GGGAGGAGGCGGAGCCCGCCCCAGCCGUAGGCGAUAAAAAGGGACUGGACUACCCUAGCAGGCGUACCCGCGCAGAAGCGGAAGACGGGGGCUGGAAGAACCUGUAGCCGGUCACAAUGGGAAGCAAAGGAGGGUUCAUCUUGCUUGGGCUCCUCUUCAGCCUGGCUGUCGUCUGCCAUGUAGGUCACAGCCUGCAGUGCUACAGCUGUGUUAACCCAGCUAAUGGCUGCAAUACGGCCGUCAAUUGUUCACAUAAUCAAGAUACUUGUCUCAUCGUUAAAGCCGUGCCACCAAAAACUUACUACCAGUGUUGGAUGUUUGACCGCUGCAGUUUCGAAGCCAUUGCGAAAGCCUUAGGGGAGAAGGAGCUUCAGUACCGCUGCUGCCAGGAGAACCUGUGUAACAAAAAUGACGGGACGAGUAUAUCAGGGAAAACAGCUCUGCUGGUCAUCCUGCUGCUGGUGCCAGUCUGGAGCUUCUGUCUGUAAAUCUACCCCAGGAGGGCUUCUCCUAAAUCUCCUGUUUCUGUAUACUCCUUAUUUCCUGUGCUGCUGCAUUCCAAAGGCUUUAUAUUUUCCAGCUGGAUCCUGUUGGGAAAGACGAAAACUAGCUUGAACAAGUUAGAUUAGAGAGAGGAACUCACAGGGACUCUGAAGACCAGUUCUGUUGGCAGAGAAGACCUGUUGGAGGGGAAAAGUUUGAGUGAAGUUGCAUGCUUCUUACUCUGCUCUUUGCACUGACAGCUUGAGUAGAUUCUCUGCAGUCCUCAGCUAUUUCCCUCUGGUUCCUUGGAUGUAGUUAAUGUGAUCAGUACUUUUUUGGGUGACUGGGGCAGGGGGCUCCUUUUCAACAGUCUCUCACAAGGCAUGCUUUAUUCUCGCCUUUCAUGGCCCCUGUAUUGCCAGGUAGGCAUGGUGCAUGUUCCAGGUGUGGGCUGUCAGGGACAAUGAGAUUCUUAAUGACUGUUGUAUUCUCAGCUAGAAGGUGUCUGGCUGGGAAGGAGGUAAGCUUUCCAGAUGGCAGGGCACGGAAGCACAAGGUUUAUCUUUAGAGAGGUACCAGAGGCUGAAACCUGAGUUUUCCUCUGUCCCUAAAUUUUGUAUUCUUUGCUGUCUUUCAGCAGAAAAACUCAGUAGCAUAAGUUAAUGGUGUGUUAAAACUAUCCCUCCCACUCCCCGCCUUUUUUAUUGGAAUGGUAGGCUGUCUUAGUUUUGUCACACACAGUUAAAAAUUAAACACUUGAAUAUUCUA